AUGUUCUACCGCCCAGGCAAAGACGACCAUGGCCUGCCUCAUGAUCCUUUCAAGGUAUAUAUAUCACCUAUUUCGACCAUUGUCACACAUAUUACUCCCCAGAUCAACCCGCGACACUUACCAACAUCACAGGCCUGCGUAGUGCCCCGCCCUAUCGGCUGGAUCAGCACGCUCAGCCCAACCGGCCAGGCGAAUCUGGCGCCCUACUCUCAAUUCAACAACCUCACCUUCGACCCUCCGUACGUCAUGUUCAGCGCCAACCAAACACCGACAGCACAGCAAAAAGACACCGUCAUCAACACCGAAGCCACGGGCAAGUUCUGCUGGAACCUAGCUACCUACGACCUGCGCGAAGCCGUCAACAUCACCGCCGAGCAGACAGAGUAUGGCGUCGACGAGUUUGAGCACGCGGGGCUGGCAAAAAUCGAUAGCAGGAUUAGCGAGGUCGAUGUGAAUGGCGAGAAGAAACUGAUUCCGAUGGUGAGAGAUAGUCCCGUGAGAUUCGAGUGCGAGCAUUACACCACGCUGCGGCUGCCGGGGAAUCCGCCAAUGGGGGCUGUAGACGUGGUGAUUGGACGGGUUGUUGGCAUUCAUAUCGACGAGAGGGUUUUGACGGACGGGAAGAUUGAUAUUCAGAAGACUGUGCCCAUUGCUCGGUGUGGAUAUUACGAAUACGCAGUUAUCAGGGAUGUGUUUGAGAUGAGGGUUCCAGGGCUUUGUGAGGAUAUGCUUGCGGGGUUGGAAGGGGAUAGUAAGAAGAAUCAGGCGAUUCUUGGCAGGGAGAAGAAAGGAGUGAUGAGGGGGGAAGAUGCAGAGGCUGAGAAGGAGGGUUGA